CUAGCAGACGUCGAGUGCGAGUCGGAGGUCGCUCUCCCGCGCCAUGGCCUCGACGGAUGGGUACUUGGCCUCGAAGACGUCGAGGUACUGAAGGUAGCGCCUGGAGCCGCUGAAGGCGCUCUUGAGCCACUCCUCGACCGUCAUGUCGUGGUAGUCGACCUCCGUGGAUGAGGGCGCCUUGCCGCUGCCCUGCUCGUCCUUGGCCGCGUCGCCCGCCGCCGCCAGUCGCUCCCUGUCCACACCUGACACCUCUUCCACCUUGUCGACAUCCCCCUUCUUGCCGAUCUUGGUCGGCCGCCCGUGGGCAGUGUCGAGGAUGAAGUCGGCAAUCACUUCGAUUGUCGGGUUCUCGAACACCAGUGUCUGCGGCACCCUGACGCCCGUCACCUCCGCAAUCGAGUUGCGGAACUCCACGGCCCCCAGUGAGUCGAGACCAAGGUCCAUGAGUGGUGCGUCGAUCGGGGGCUUCUCAGCAGACCCCGACACCUGCUGCGCCAGCGAGCUCAGCAGACCCGACAGGUCCAGCUUGCUGAUGGCCUUGAGGUCGACCUUGCCACCGCCACUCUCGGCCGACGCUGCCAUGGGGAUCUCUGAGAAGAAGGCGGGCAUGUCGCCAUACCGCCGCAGGAAGAUGGCCCACUUGAGGCCCUGGCAGCCGACCACUGACGGCCCGCGCAUACCAGGCGCCAGAGACUGCUGCCGCAUGACGUCCCCCAUGACACGAAGACCGAGUUCGUUGGUGAUGCCGCGGAUGCCGACCUUGUCGAGAUGCUGCUUGAGCUCGGCUGCCAUUCCCUGCUCGAUCCACGGUCCCCACUGGAUGCUCUGACACGGCAGCCCCUGCGACUUGCGGUAGAGGGCGAGGGCGUCCAGACACGAGUUGGCCGCAGAGUAGUUGGUCUGGCCGAAGUUGCCGAGCAGGGAGGCGACGGACGAGAACAUCAUGAAGUGGUCGAGAGGGAUCCUCUUGCCGAGGGACAGCUCAUGGAUGUUCCAUGCACCCAUCACCUGCACACACGAUAGAGGAAAGGGAUGAGUCAACAACCUCGUUGGGGAACGAUUCAUGUUCGGGUUCCCUCUCACCUUUGGCAAGUAGACCUUCUCCACCUUGUCUUUGGUCUGGUUGUUGAGGGCAGCGUCGUCAAGCCUCUCAGCUGCGUGGAAGACUCCACGGACUGGGUUCUUGGGCAGCUUCUUCUUGAGGUCAGCGAACAGAUUCUCGCACUCGUCCUUCUUGGACACAUUCACGGCCAUGCAGUAUAUGGUCGCCUUGGAGCGGCCAUGAGGCUCGGGCGCCGUCAGCUUCGUCCACAGAUCGGAAGCAGCAACGGCAUCAGUCGGCUUUCCGCGCCUGGAUAGCAGAGCGACAUUUUUUGCUCCCUCCUCCACCAGCCAGUCUGCGACAAGCAGUCCGAGUCCGCCGAGUCCUCCGGUGAUGACAUAGCAUCCGUCAGUCUGGCGGCCGGCCGGUGUCGCCUCGUCGCGCUGUGUGUCGUCUGUGUGGGGCGGUGCGAUGGCUGAGGGUAUUUGUAUGAUGACCUUGCCGAUGUGCUGCGCUCUCUGCAUAAACCUGAAGGCCGCGAUGCCGCCGGUAACGUUGUCUGCGGUGCUCAUGUCGAAUGUGUGGAGGGGGAUGGGUUUGAUCUUGCCGCUGUCGACCAGGCCUCGGACACGAUCGAGCAUGGCGCCGAACCAGUUGGGAUCUUGCUCCAUCAUGUGAUCGACGGUGAUGGCCUCGUACAUGGCCAAGUCGGGCCGCCUGGCAAGGACCUCCUCUUUGCUCCAGAUGCCGCGCUUGCCGAGCUCCAUGAAGCGGCCCUUGAGCGCCAUGGCGUCGAGCGAGAAGGGAAUGAAGUCCUCGAUGAGGCAGUUGAGGACGACGUCGAUCUUGCUGUUGGCCUUGUGCAUGUCGGCCUGGAACUGGCUGGCGUCGCGCGAGCUCGUGACCAAGUGCACGCCCUGCUGUCGUAGGAAGUCCUGUUUGUGCUGGCUGCCCGCCGAGCCAUAGACAUUGGCCCCGACGGCCUUGCAGUACUGGAUGGCCGCAAGCCCGACGCCGCCCGAUGCCGCGUGGACGAGAACGUUGUCUCCCUUGGUGACCUUGGCGAGCUCUCGGAAUGCGACCUCGACCGUCACAAAGACGACCGGCAGGGCGGCCGCCUCUUCGAAGGUCAUCGAUGCGGGCUUGAUGGCCAUCAGGUUGGCGUCAGUCGUCACGUACGUCCGCAGGCAGCCCGGCGCCACGCCGUAGACGUCAUCCCCAACACACAAGUGACUCACGCCCUCCCCCACAGCCACUACCGUACCCGAGCAGUCGCCGCCCGGCGGGCCGGGGUCGCCAGGAUACAGACCCAUCACGUUCAACACGUCGCGGAAAUUCAAACCGAUCGCACGAACACGGACCUCGAUGCAGCCCACAGGGGGCGGGAUGCGGGCGGCCUGGGCCAGCGGUCUUAGCUCGAGGUCGGUGAUGGCUCCUCGCUGUGGCAUGUAGAGCUCCACGGCUCCCCUCAGGUCAACCUUGGCCUUCUGCAUCCUCGAGUAGAAGCAUGCUGGCUGGCUUGGGGUCUUUUCGGUCGGGCGUGUAUUGCGAAGGGCCACCUCUGCCUCAUAGCCCACGGUGUCCCCUUGCGCGUUGAGCAGGAUGGCCAUCUGUUCUAUGAAGCCGUCGACGGUGUCGGGCGAGGUGGGGUCGAUGUCGACGCAGCCCAUCUUGAUGAGAGUGCCGAUGUUGUUCUCCAGCUCCAGUCGGGCCGUCUUGGCGAAGCCCCACAGGCCGGCGUGGCGCGGUAUCUCUGGCAGCGUUUCGUCGGGGAGCGCGAGCUGCGUGCCGCGAGUGACGAGCCAGAUGGCAGGGAGUUCGACGUUAGUGCCCAGCUUGAGGAUGACCUGGGCCAUCCUGAGGGCCUCGCUGACCACCACAACCGGGUCGGACCGCUUCUCGAGGCUGCCCAUGUGGAGGACGCAGUCCCACUUGUUCUUGUCGGCAAGGAUCUUCUCCAUGUCCAUGGCGUCAGGUGUCUCGCCGUACGCGAUGAGCCGCGACUCUCUGCUCUUCCCGCACUCCACCAGUCUGCUGUACAGCACCUUCUUCCAGGCAGCCGGCACGCCAAACAAAAGCCACCUUGGUUCAGCGGCAGCAGCCUCCUCCUCAGCAGCAAGCUCCUUGCUUGGCUCGGCCUGUUUCCACGUGACCUCCCAGAGGAUGUCCCGGGGUAUGUCUGCAGGCGGCGUGGUGUCCAUCUGCCGCAGACUAACGUUCUUGAGGUAGGCGGCGAUGCGGCCCCUGCUGUCCUGAAUGACCACAUCGAUGGUCGCAGCACGGUCCUCGCGCUUGAGCAGGCGGACGUGACUCCACAGCUCGCUCGACGGGGCGAUGCGAGCCAGUGAGACCCUCUCCGCCCCCACGGGCACCAGAGCUGCCUUGGUCUUCCUCUUGCCGGACUGGUCGGCCGCGAGUAUGGCGGCGGCUGACUGCAGGGCGCCGUCGAGGAUGGCGGGGUGCAGGCGGAAGCCGCCCUCGAAUGGCUUGAUGGGCGGGUCCAACUUGAGCAGGGCCAGCGCCUGGUCAUCCGACACGAACAGCUCUGUCACCGUCUGGAACCGCGGGCCGUACGCCAAACCGAUCUCCUUGAGCUGCGUGUAGAACUCUGACAGCGGGGCGGUCUUGUUGCACCGGUGCUUGAGGGUGGUGAGGUCCUCCACCAGGUCACUCUCGCUGUCGUCCACGUGGGCGACCUUGACCAGACGGCCGGUGGCGUGCGACACGAAGUCCUCCUCGCCGGGGGCUUGUGUAGUGAUCUCGACGGCCAUGGGGGGCAUGGCGGCGCUGCUGUCAGUCGUUGGCUGCUUCUCGACGGUGAUGCGGAUGGUGGGCAUCUUGGGGUCGGGCUGCUUGUCAUCGGGCUUGGGCAGCAUGAGCGGCCGCUCGAACGACACAUCCUCCAGAUGCACAAGCUCUGCAGCCGAUAUCUUGGCCCCCCUCUCCACCUGCGCUGCUGCCAGACCGGCGCUCGCCAGGAUAUCAAUGAACCCUGCGCCAGGCAUCAGAGGCACGCCUGCAAACGCAUCAAGAUAUACACAAAGCAAAUGCUUCAACCAGCAAGCCGCAUGUGUCUGGUCUCACCAAGCACGACGUGGUCCUCGAUGAGCGUCUUGAGGUCUUGUCGCAGAGUGCCCUCGAAGGUGAGGCCCCUGGGUCUCGUGAGCCGCUGGCCGAGUGCCGGAUGGGCGGUCUCGACCCACGGGAAGCUCUGGUGGUUCCACUGGUGAGUGCCCUUGACCUUGGCGAGGCAGGUCUCGAUCGUCAGGCUGACACCGUCCUGGUCGUCCUUGUCGGGAUCCAUGGGACCCAGCCAAUGCAGAUCCAUCUUCUCGGCAACCUCCUGCACGCACUGCUUGCCCAUGCCGAUGAGCGUCGGCCGGGGGCCGACCUCCACUAUCACCCGUGCUCCCGCCUCGACCAUCGCUCGCAUGCCGUCCAUGAAGCGAACCGGCAGCGUGAUGUGGUUGGCCCAGUACUCGCCCCUCACGACCUCGUCGCCAGCCAUAUUGCCGCUGACGUUGGACACGAGGGGGAUCUUGGCCGUCUUGAGGUUGACUGUCGACAGCACCUGCUGGAAGGGAGCCACAGUCUCACCCAUGAGAGGGGAGUGGAAGGCGUGCGAAACAGUGAGGAGCUUGUAGCGGCCCCCCACGUUGAGGGCCUUCAUCACGGCCUCGACCUCGCUCCGCUUGCCCGACACCACCACACUCUUGGGGCCGUUGACGGC